AUGUGCUAMAAACCAAGUGAAGUGUACGAUGGCUGUGGCUGUCCACGGCCCAAAACCACGGUAGUCCGGUGCAGCGCGGCGGACUUGGUGGACAACAUCUGUGAGAUCUYGAAGGAGUUCGAGGAGAGGGGCAAUAACCGCAUCUGUCGCGUUCAUUACGAGCAGCUGAUUGAAGCCACCAAAGAGCUGCUCAGGAAGAACGGCUUGUUGGCUGAAGUGAGGAAGGCUUUGGAGUGGCAAGACGAGUCCGAUGGUGAUACCAGCGACGAUAGCCUCUUGGAACUCGUUUCCGAUGGUAGGUUGGGGUUGGAUGGUGGAAUACACUCGGUCGGGGUCCAUUCCGCUGAUGGCAGAGCUGCCUGA